UAAAGGAGGGGAGGCACAGCCUAACUGGGAUUGGGUUGCAAGUGGGAGGGUUUCCUAGUUGAUGGCAUACGUCCUUGUUUUUAAAAAAAACCACGUCCCUUUCAGGGCAGCUCCCUUUCAGGUAAAGUUUCCCAUUUGGGGAUUUGGGAGCACCAACAGACAUUCUCAACAGCAAAUCUCACAGCCAUUGCAACAUGACUGAGUCAGCUGAAGCUGUAGCAGCCGAUGUGAGCAGCAAGAGGAGUGUUACCAUUGAAAUCACAAAUAUCACCAACAACUACUGCCUCAUCAACCCCAAGGUGUACCUUGAGAAUGGGGAGGCAUACAACCCACCUCAGCCCACAGUGCGCCCUCUUAAGACAGAGGUUUGCACUUUUUCCAAAUCCAGCGGCAAAGCGACCGGCAGUGUUGGCGUGCUGACCUACGACCUUUUUGAGCGGCAGCAGAAUGACUACAUUGAGACUCUGGCCAUCAUGUUCUCAAUCCCCUGGGACUACAACCUGUACAAAAACUGGUUCGCGGUGGGCAUCUAUAAGAAGGGCCGCAACUGUGAUAAGGAUUUGUACAAAGAAAUGUACUACGAGAAGAACCAGCAGGAGCAUGGGUUUAUCAGGGAAGAAGCAAACGGGUCGGGAAUUAAUUAUGUGGGCAACUACCUAGAUAUCAAAGCCACCAUGUGUCCCCUUGGCAAAGCCAUCAUGAAGGUGGAGGUGUGGGAUAAGCUUUUCACACCAAUGGGUCAGCAGGCUCUCUAGACACCCAUCCUAACCAGCAUUGCUCCCCACAGCAGAAUUCAUCCCUCCACCUUGAGCUUUUAACUGGCAGAGUGUUCUUAAUACAGUCAACGCGCAUGAUUUAACAGUUGUAUUGUUGCUGACAUGUGUCUGUAUACCUAGGUAUUACCUUUCAGUAAAUCUGCUUAAGAUCAGAGUUUAAUUUGUUUUAUAAAUCCACAGGCAGCCCCCCCCCAGAAAGCCUCUGUCUUUCCUGUAGCAUCUGGUUUUAAAAUGGCACCUUUAGAAAUGGAAAUCAAAGGAUGACUCACUGGAGGAUGAGGGCACAUAGCUUAAUAAAACACACAGAGAGCUUGUGUUUACCUUGACACUGUAGUCUGAGGAAUAAAAUAAACCUUUUUGCCAAAGCUA